AUGACUGGGAAGCCUAAAACAGAUGUGGUGGAAGUGGAGCGGAUUUGUGAAUACCCUUUAGACAUUAUUUUGGAAGAAGUAGAUCAAAAAGCGAUGGUGGUCUUCGGAGAGAAAGAUGGUGUUAAACUAAGCUUCAGUAGUGAUGUCAUCCUUCGCUCCACGACACAAAUCCUCUUAGGUAUUACGUUCACUGGAAUCAACGGAUCCAAGGUGUCAGGCACGAGAUUUUUCGUUGAUGAUACAGAGCACAAUAUUCUGAAAUAUUUGGAGGAUGAGUCCAACUUUCCGGUAAAUUCUUUCCUUCAGUCAGCAUACGGUUCUCUCCUCCGUCGGUUUCCUACAAAUGAGAAAAUUAUACUUUCUUCCAUGUUUCAUUCAUUGUUUACGAUUGCUGUGCAAUUGAGCCCAGCUGCUCGGAGCUCCGGAAUCGAGGUGAUGGAAACAACACAAUUUCGGCUGUCUUGCUUGCAAAGCAGAACCGGAGUUAAAUUUGUUGUGGUUACGUCGCCUUCGGCUGCGAUUCCCAUCGAAUCUCUUCUUAACAAGCUUUAUGAACUUUAUGCUGAUUACGCCCUGAAAAAUCCGUUCUACGCAAUUGAUAUGCCAAUCAGAUGUUCAAAAUUUGAAGAAGGUCUGAAGUUACUUUUGGAACGUGUUGAUAAGAAUUCAACUUCCGUCACGAUCUAA